AUGAGUAAGAAAAAGCCGCCACCCCGACCACCAUUACCACGGUUAUCGACCGCGAAAAGUGGGCAGCCAACCGGAGUAGCCCCUGAGAGAUCCCUCAGAAAUGCAUUUGCUUCGAUCUCAAUUCGUUACAGUAACAGCACAAAAGAUUCAGAUUCUGAAGAGGAAAUUUCCAUUGUUCGCAAAGAAAAGGCAAAGGUUCCUGACCAAAGCACCGAAGGCGAAAACAGGGAAAGCAUAGAGGAAGAAGAAGGAUUUAAAGUAUUGCGGAAAGUUUGUGAUGUAGAUGGCACUCUGCCACCUUCCAGACCGGCAGAAAGAAUACUCGUGGAGACGAAUAAAAACCCAUCUGAAGCGACCUUAAACGUUGUUAAGAAAAGCUUUUCUAGUGAGGAGCUGAGGGAUGCUACAGAGAAAAAAGCAGUGACAAAACAGAGUACGUGGCCGAGUUAUUCACGAGUAGACGAUGUCGACGCGACGGGUAUCAUGAAGUUUCUCCGCGGUCGGGAACGCGAACGUGAUCAAGAAAACGAUGCAAAAAGUGACUUGUCAAAAGAAAGCCUUUCGCUUUCAGAACCCAAGGAAGAAACAGACGCUGGUUCCUUUCCUUCCAAGACACAUUUCGAUUCAAGUUCAGAAAGUUAUCUAAAAGCAAAUGAAAAACGUCCAAGAUCUCCUUCCCCAUUUCGCCUUUUGGCUCGCGAUCGUCAAAGUGAAAGCGCAAAUGCAGGUGAUCACGAAAAACCAAAAACUUCGGCUGGUGUUUCCUUGUCCUCACUUUUGGCGAGUAUAGGUAAAGAGGAAGCGCAUAGUGAAGCUGAAGCGAAAAUUUCCGAUACCGAAGAAAUUGAAAGCAGUCCUGAGGUUCUUUCGGAGACCCCCGAUCCUUCUUCGCUUGAGGUGUCACUCAACUUUUGCCAUGACCAUUUUGAUCAAGAGCCGGUUCUGGGAAUUAGAAGUGGGGAUACAAGAACGCGGCUUUUAUCGCGCCUUGUCACAGACAAAUCUCCACAAUUUGAAAAUUUUUCCCUGUGCUGCCUAAUGGCGUAUAUAUAUUUUAUAACAGAGUGGCCUCCUUUCAUUUAUGGUGUUGUUCUUGGUGCGCUUUUUGCGUAUCUCGCGGGGUGCGCCUUUCUGUGGCUCUUCUGUCCAGAGGACACAGUGGCUGAAAGAUACGAAAAGGAACUUUUGGAAUUCGAGGAGAGGCAAGCGAGAGCACCUAAGCCCAAUUAUCAAUCAGUUGACCCAGGGUUGCUUUUGAAAAGGCAAAAACAAGAGGCAAGUAUUUAUUUAAUCUAUGUUUCGUGACAUAAAUUAUAACAUAUAAAACAAAAUCGACAUUUCCCGUCGCUGGCCACAUGUAGGUCCCAAACAAAAUCCUUGGAACAUUGCUCAAGCAUGCGUGAAACACAGGGUAAACACUUGCAAUUUGUUUGUCUAGCGUUCGCUUUGAAUUGUCGUAUUUGAUCUUUACCCCUUCAUUCUUAAUUUUUUAUGAUAUUCGUGUGUAAAAGUAAUUAGGGUAAUUCGUUGGAUCGGACUGUUGGAUUUUUUUACAGUCACCAGUUUAUACCCAACGUGAUGAGCUUUCUGUAAACACACAAACAAUUUGUUAUGUUAAAGAGCAUAUUAAAAUAAGAUAUCCUGUAAAUUUUCAGCCGUAGCAUCUGCAACAGCCACGGAAAACUAGAAGGAUUUGUAUGGAAAAAACAACAACAACAAUUCUUGCCACUCAGUCAUGGUUGAGUGGGGUACCAUACAAGUCCUUGUAUAUAUUGAAAUUUUCGAACGAUUUUUUAUCUUUCCCUUAUGCAUUACAUGCCUCAAACUUUCUUUGUUCCUAACAGAAAAUUUGAGGUCCCUUACACAUAAGGAAAAGAUUUUACAAUACUUUGAGAAUUCAAAAUUUACAAGGAUUUGUAUGGAAAACCACCCAACUGUGACUGACAUGGUUGGCAAGAGUUGUUUUUUCCAUAAAAAUCCUAUUUAUAUUUGGCAGCCGUUGCAGUCGCUUCUUUUGAAAAUUUACAUGUUACCUAAUUUUAAUAUGCUCUAUCAGUUCCUGUUAAAAUCAUUUUUCCAAAACAAAUUGUAUUCAUGUUUACAGAAAGUUGAUCACAUGACCCACUAUUGCGAAUUCUCAAUAUGGUAUAUUGAUUGUUUUUGUUCUUCUUAUUUAGGGGUGGAUGUUCAAGUCACUUAAUUAUGUUCCGGAGAAGUUUGAGUUCAGCAGUGAGACUGUUCCAGUCUAUGCUUCAUUAGAGGGAACAAAGCUAACUCUGUCACAUCCAAAGAGUGAUGGAACAGGAAAGAAGUUUGAUCCCCGAGCAGUGGAGGAGAAAGCAAGUGUGUCCUUCUCAAGACAUGAACAGUACGAUUUAGCUGGAAGUAAAGUUAUGCUUCUUCCUGCAACACUGUCAAUGAAGAAAGUUUGGACUCGAAAGUGUCCUAUUUGUAUUGUUCUUGACAAGUCCAAUUCAAAAUCAGAAGAUAUGACUGACAAUAGCAAUAGUUCAGGUGAUGAAGAGGAUUAUGAAGUAAUCCACCAUUCAGAACGGCAGGAGUUUGAAGAUGUUGGGACUUUGUACUUGUUUCCAAGGACUGGUCGAGAAAAGGAAGAGUGGUUUAACCAUCUUUGCAAACUUCUACGUAACAACUCAGUGUCUUUUUCAAAGAAAGAAAAGCUCAAAUCUCCAUGUUCCUAUCCUCACUACAUGGCCAAACUUGUCCCUCAGCCAGGAAGCACGCCUCUUCAUCUGCAUACUGAAAUUGCAUGGGUAAAUGCAAUUGUUGGGAGAGCCUUCUGGGAUGUUUGGCAUGACAAAUACUGGACUAACAAAGUUAAAGAGCGUUUUGAAAACAAGCUGUCGAAGAUGAAGAAACCAUCUUUUAUUCGCGAUAUCACAAUUUCUGACCUCAACUUGGGACAAAGUCUUCCUGUCAUUACAAAGGCUUUCCCUCCGGUGGUAGAUAAGCGUGGUACUUGGGUGGAUUUGGAGGUGGACUACAAAGGGGGACUGAUCUUCACUUUUGAAGGUCAUUUAAAUAUUGAGGGUUAUCUCAGUUUUUUUCUUAGUCUUGGUAACAAUGAAAAUGUGGAAUUGGAGAUGGCAGAGUUAUCAAGAAAGUAUGAUGCAGUUGAGAAAGACAGUUUCGUAAAAAAUGCCGAGGAAAAUGCUUCGGAGUCUGAGAGUCCCCCCGACAGUGACUCAGACUUUGAAUCACCUGAAUCAGACCUUGAGGAAUUCACUGUCAAGGCCAUGAACACUCCCCUCAAUCUCUCCAGCCACAAAGACAAGCCCAAAGAUGGACAGCAGAGUGAAAGCUCCGAUUCCUUGACAUUGAGCAGUUUUGAGGGUGAUGAGGAAGUUUUAGAAAGCAAGGACCCUAUACUUUCUGGUAAUGUGUCUGACACAGAAGGAGACGAAGGUAGUUUGGAGAAGAACACAAAAUUGGGAAGACAAAAACUCUCUGAAUCUAAGCAAAGCUUAAGUGAUGAAGUAACAGAAAAGAGUGCGUCAAAUUCAUCCGCAUUUUCUGAAAAGAUGUCAGAGUCUGCACCUUCCAGUCCAAUCAAAUCAUAUUUAGGUGUUUCUGCAAAACGUGGCCCAAAGCACAAGAUCUUUAGUGUUAUUGAACGUCUGGCUAAGUCCAAAUGGGUGAAGAAGGCAGCAGAAACUGGUAUUGUCAAAAGAGCUGCUGAAAAGUUUUCAAAUCUGCCAAUCAUUUUGUGUGUAGAGGUACUAUCAGUGAAGGGAACUCUUGCAUUAAACAUCCCUCCACCACCUACAAACAGACUGUGGUAAGUGUACAUUAUUAACAAUUAUUUUUAUUAUUCUUGUAAUAAUAAAACCUUUUCAUUCCUAUCUGUCAAUAACUUGAUAACACUAAGCAUUAAAUGCUCUGAGGUAAGCAGCUCACCUUUUGAGUUAGUGAGAAAUAUAAAUAAUAAUUAUUCACGUUAUUCACGAUAUUCACGUUACAGCAAAGCAAUUAUUGCUUUACUGUAACGUGAAUAUCAAGUGACCUAGUGCUAGUUAAACAGAAUGCAUGAGUGCAGCUGGUAACACAAAACAUACUAAUAGAACAACGGACACUAUAUUUCAUAAAUCCAUUGACUAAGCAAAUGUGGCAACGCUGACAGUAGGAUGACACAAAUAACUCAAUAAAAAUUAUUGCUAAGUACCUGAGAUCCAUGAACCCUCACCCACAACACUUAGACCCUGCUCACGGCUCUGUGUGGGCAAAAUUAUAUACUGAUUUAUGUCAACUCUGAUUAUCAUAAGUGACUUAAACUUACUUAUGCAUCUAAAGUUUAGAGUUUUAGUGUGGUCAGUGCUUGGAUAGUAACAAUGUUUGACAUGCUGCACCCUGUCAGUGUUUGUUUUGGCUAGAAGCUAAUUAUUAAAAAACUGAUGUUUGUUAUCCAUCCUUCAGGUAUGGUUUUCGUGGAACUCCUUUGCUCUUUGUUUCUGCAAGACCCAAGCUUGGUGAUCGCCAGGUCAAACUCACACAUGUCACGGAGUGGAUUGAGAAGAAGAUUAAAAAGGAGUUUAAGGUGAAAGAACAUAUUUAUUUUAUUCCUCUGGUGUUUUUGUUGUUUUUCUAUUGAACUUCAUAUACUGGAUAGUCCUUUUGCUUUAAGACCUUCCUGUCUACUCUGCCAUUCCAGAGGGGGUAUGCAGCAUGCUUCCUGAAACUCCUUCCCUCUCUUUUACUAAAAUGUGAUGUUUUGUACCAUAAUUAUUUUAAGUACAUAACAUUUCCCACUUUUAGACCCAAAUGGCCAAAAUCUGUUCCCAAUUUCUGACUAGAAGAGGGGCAAAAACCAUACUCUUUGGUGUUGUGUGUGCCUAUACAGCUUACACAAGGAAACCCCCCACUCCUACCUCCUUCAGUAGUUUUAUCCCACAGACUGGGUCUGGUGGAAAUGCUACCCCUACCACUAACAAGUUUGAAAGCGCAUACAAGGCUGAUAAUAUACGUCACUAUAACAGCUCUAGUUAUAAGAAACUUUGGUUACAGUGUAUGUAGUUUCCAUUAGGUUUAUUCACUUAAAGUGAUUUAAAUGACAUAACUUUUUUUUCAGAAUAUGUUUGUACUUCCUAAUAUGGAAGAUUUACCAAUCAGGCUCAUGAAUUCAGGACUUGAAGAGGACUUUCCAGAAUGGUGA